CUGGCUUUUGGAAUAGCUCAGAUAAGUGAGCUCCAAAAGGAAGUGAAGUCAUUGAGAGCGCAGAUAAUCACGCUGGCUCCUCUGGCAGACACAAUGCCAAACUUCGCCUUGAAAUCACAAGGUGCUGAAGUCUGGCAGAGUUUAUCUUCAAAUACAUAUUGGCCCCGAGAACACAUCAUAGGAAUGAUGUGGGAUAAACUAUUAUACUGGUGGUAUUCUACUAAAGUGCAGCAGCGUGUUAUCCAGGGACACUCAAGAUUGCUGCCAGGACAAUGCUGGCCAUUUGCAGGUGAAAGCGGGCAUUUAUUUGUCUCUCUGUCUCACCCAAUCUCCGUCACUCACGUGACACUUGGCCACAUUGUGAAAAGCCAGUCUCCUCACGGCAACAUAGAAAGCGCACCAAGGGAAUUCUCUGUUUAUGGAAUGACGACCACGGGUGAGGCAGGUACCCAUUUAGGAAGAUUAGUUUAUGAUCGAGAUGGUGCAGCAUUUCAGACCUUUCACCUACCUAAUCCAGAAAGAGGGAUUUUUAGAUAUGUGAGGCUGGAGAUACAAAAUAACUGGGGAAACAUAGACUAUACCUGCAUUUACAGCUUCAGGGUCCAUGGUAAACUCCCCACCUAUUAGCACUGUUACUUCACUUGGAGAGAAGUCAUAUUUAAUUUUUAAUUUUCAUUAGUAUUUCUAUUUAAGUAG